AUGGUCAACAUUGAGAUUAGCCUUUCGGCCUCGGUCGUUUUCCUCCUCGUAUGCUACUACAUAGCCAACUGCGUGGGCGCAUGGCAACGUCUCCGUCACAUACCCGGGCCGUUCUGGGCACGAUGGAGCCGGAUCUGGUUGAUCAAACAAAUAUACGGCGGGGUUUACAUGGACAAAAUUCAAGAAUUACACGCACAGUACGGCCCUGUUGUCAUUCUAGCCCCAGACUUCCUGUCCGUCAGCGACCCGGGCGAGAUCAAGAGGAUCAGCGGAGUGCGGUCAGUAUGGGGCCGUGGCACGCCAUAUCUUGGAUUUCGCAGCGCACCGGGCAAGGACAGCCUCUUCAGCGUGCGCGAUCGAAAGGCCAAUGAUAAGCUGCGGGGGAUGUUGAUGGGCGGCUACACAGGCAGGAGCGUUGAGAGCGUCGAGGCUAUGGUCGACGAACACGUGCUGAAGCUGGAAAAGCUCAUCGAGGACAAAUAUAUCAUGACGCCCUCGGGCUAUCGGCCUGUGGAUUUCGGCGAAAAGGCCAUGUACAUGACCAUGGAUGUCAUAUCGUGCUUUGCCUUUCGGAACUGCUUUGGCUGUUUAGAGCGGGACAGUGACUUUCAUACGUAUCUGAAAGUCACCCAAAACGUUGCGCGCGUCCUCGCAUCCCUGUGCGUCAUGCCUCUGUUCCAGGCCUUCAUGAGUAGCCCGUCGCUGAAGUGGCUUCUGCCAAAGGGAGGGUUUUUCGAUCCCAUCAUCAAGAUCGCCCGAGCAGCCGUCUCCGAGCGAUACGGGCCGGAUAAGAAGCAAAGAAGCGAUGUCCUGGGCGCCUGGGUCGCCGCCGGACUGACGGAGAAAGAAGCCGAGGUUGAAACUGUCGGGCAACUGGCGGCUACCGCGAUGCGUGCUACAAUGCUGUAUCUUCUCAGUAACCCGGGGGCGUAUCAAAAACUGCAGGGCGAGAUCGACCACUUCGUCAGGUCCAAGGCGAUAUCGCAAACCGCCGUGCUUCCCGAAGGCGAGAUCAAGAACUGGCUGUAUCUCGAAGCCGUCGUCAAAGAGGCGCUGCGCAUCUUCCCACCCGUCGCCAUGAUGCCCAGGAGUGCCGCAGUGACUGAUACACUCUGUGGGCUCACCGUACCGCCAAAUACCAACGUUGACCUUGCGGUCAAACCCGCAUUGCGCAGCACGUCUAUAUUCGGCCAGGAUGCCGACUUGUUCAGGCCGGAACGCUGGAUUGAAGUCGAUGUGGACACAUUUAAACAGAGAGAGGAGACUCUUAGGUUUGUGUUCGGAGGCCCGAGCCGCCGGGAAUGCCCCGGAAAGGGGCUCGCGCUUCUCCAGCUUCACAAAACCUUCUUCGACCUGUUUCGCUGCUUUGAUUUCACCAUUCCAGAUCCCGUCAAUCCAUGGAAGGCUGUCAAUACCCGCAUUUGGAAUAUCUCGGAUAUGAACGUGCGGGUUACUAGAAGGGAGUAA